AUGAAUAUUAUAAAGAUAAAUUCAAUCUGUUUAUUUGUAUUGUUGUUGGUUGGUGUUGUCUUUUGCGAUGUUGAAGGACGUGUUAGAAUCUGUGUUGAAGUCGACUGUCCAGAGGUAGGAGAUUGUCCAAUGAGAGAAUCUUGCAAUGACAAUGACAUGUGUACUCUCGAUUCUUGUAAUGGUGGUCGUUGUGAUGUGUUCACACUCCAAUUCUCUUGUGAUGAUGGUGAUCAAUGUACAUCAGAUAGCUGUAGUUCCAAUGGAUGUGUUCACACUCCAAUCUCUUGUGACGAUGGUAAUGCUUGUACUGACAACAGCUGUGAUUCGAAAAGUGGUUGUUUUUAUCAUCAAAUCGAUUGCAACGAUGGUAAUGAAUGUACUUUUGAUGAUUGUAAUAAUGCCACUGGCUGUGUUAGCUCUCCAAUCUCUUGUGACGAUGGAAAUGCUUGUACCAACGAUGGUUGUGAUGUAAAUACUGGCUGCACAUAUCAAACCGUUGUUUGUGUUGGUUCGACCAUCAACUGUGACGAUGGUAAUGCUUGUACAUCAGACAGCUGCAAUCCAUAUACAGGCUGUGUUUUCACACCGACCUCUUGUGAUGAUGGUAAUCAAUGUACCAACGAUAGCUGUGAUCGUGUCAAAGGCUGUUUGAACAUCAACAUUCCAGGCUGUGGAGUUGCAGUACCAAGACCAACUGUCUGUCCAACUCGUCCAGCAUGUCCAUGCACAGAAACCUGUUGUGGUGUUCACUGUUGUCCAAAUAUUGAUAUCGACAUCGAUGUUGAUCUUUGUUCUAAUAAUUAG